ACAAAUGGACAUUGCCAGCACGGGUUUUGGUCAACAUGGCAAGUCUUUCACCAUCCCUUUCUCCAUUGCUCCAUCUUCUUUGGCAUUGCUUCGUCGGCAAUGGAUUUACAGAGACAGGCAACUUACAGUUCAACAAAGUCGGAUAACUUGACAGGUUUGAAAGAAGUGCUCACAUGCUACACUCUGGUUCCGACAAUAAUAUCUCAAAUUAUUGGGCAUCACGUAUACACGUGAUUGACAUCGCCACGAAUUUAAUGUUACAACACAAAACUUCUAUAAGCUUGAGGCGCGUAACACCUAAAGUUUAAUUCACUUUUGACUGUCACGACAUAUCCUUUUCUUUUUAAGUUCCGAGGGGUUCUUUGUACACAUAUCAAUUUAUAAAUCGGGGACCUCAUGAUAAGGUCGCCGACCUCCCACGAGGUACCAGCAAACUUUGGCCAAUCAACAUCAUUCAGCUGCAAAUUGGCGCUUGUCCUUAAAUCAACGAACAACGAACAAACACAGGAACAGCGAUACAUCGGUACUUACUCAAUGAUACUGUGAGCCUCAAUCCGUCUAUCCCUUCUCACGUGCACACCCUUGUAUCACGCUAUCGAUUACCAACCCAACAAGGCUGAAAAUUUCAUCAUCAUUAAUCUGCCCCUUGGCUCAACAUCCAUUACGAUGUCGGCACUGCAUGCAAGCUGAGAUAUUUCUGAAACGCCAUCAAUCACCGUCUAAGAAUACACGGCUUAGAAUAUGUUUCUUCAUCGUUGUGGAACUUAUGCUCGAAGAGGCGUACUGAUCAUCAAUUAAGGUGCUUUUUAGUGUGUAAUAUUGACGUUUCGAAAUCGUCACACGUCCAAUCUAUAUCUCGAUCCUUGAGAUCAAUAGUCUGCUUAUGGGUCUAUAGUCACUAAGAAUUACUGAAAGACUAGGGUAGUGAAUUAUGAAUCGAUCACGACCUUCACUGAAUAUACUCGAGGUGCCAUUGUUCAAUAUCAUUAUCACAACUGAGUUGGAUUGUUACUUUUCUUAGCUGAGCAGAUAUCUUGCACUCAGUUUGUUGAAACUAUUCGCGCGAUUGACAAAUGGAAGAGGAAAAAAUGGAAUGUCACCCGUUGAAAAGUCCAGAUCUUCAAGUUGGAGUACGAGAUCGCGGUCUGUCCAAUAUUGAUUGAGCUGGUCCACAUUACAGUUGGUACUCGCAGGAAACACGUCGAUUCGACAAAUGGCAGUGAGUGAUGGGCGCCGCCCAGAAAUUUUGUGGUAGCGGGUAUAUCCGCUAAGGAAACCACUUUGUGAUAGGCACCAUCUAGAGCUGGUGCACAGCCAUUUCAUGAUCGGGCGACUUCCUUUUUUGGAUAUCCCAUUGCUACCGGUUCUAUUUUCACACGGCACGUCAGCGUUUUCUUCUCAUCUUGAUCAUGGGCUUGUUCCCUUUAAGCACAGCUUGCUCCAGGAGCUUCAAGAGACGUUGAAUCUACUUGGAUCCAACAUGGCCAACACUCUCUCUUUCCGGCAAUCAUCUUGAAAAUUUAUGGCUGUGCCUCCAAGUUAAGGUAUCGCCAAUAGUAGCUUACUUAGAGCUCUAUCAGGUCACAGGCUACUAUUAGCCUGAGCGCUUUUUUCCUUUUAACCCGUCUUGCUCCGAGUCCUUUGAACUUGUACAUAUAGAAAUGGGCAGUUGCCUUCGGUUGUUUCUUGUAACUGUCUCUAUAUAAAACCGAGUACUCAAAAUUUCAACACUAUGGCAUAUAACCGACAGGUUGAGGCCUUCAGAGAAGAAGAAUACCCUAUGAUGAAAGGGAAAACGUAUCUUGACCAUGCGGGCACAACUGUAUAUGCGAAGUCUUUGAUUGACAAAUUUUCCAAAGAAAUGGUGGGAAAUCUCUUUGGAAACCCACACUCGGCAUCAGCCCCGGCGCAACUUUCGGGGCAUGUCGUCGACUCCGUGCGUGAAAAAGCAUUGAGAUUUCUUGGGGCCGAUCCUGCUCAUUUUGACCUUGUCUUCACUGCAAAUGCUACUGCAGCGAUCAAAUUGGUCGCAGAAAGUUUCAGAGACUUGGCGCUAGAGAGUUCGACCUCGGGAUCAUUUUGGUACGGCUAUCAUAAAGAUGCUCAUACGAGUCUCGUUGGCCCGCGCGAACAUACCAAUGGACAGCAUCACUGCUUCACAAGCGACCAAGAAGUAGAAGACUGGUUACUUGGCUACAGAUCUCUUCCGGGAAGAAGGGAAGAUGAUGAAACGCCAGGAAUUCUUGCAUUUCCGGGGCAAUCAAAUAUGACUGGUCGUCGACUACCUCUCUCCUGGAGUAAAAAAUUACGGAGAUCGACUCGCAUUUCACAUCAGAAUACCUAUUCUCUCUUAGACGCUGCAGGCCUUGCGACAACAACUCAGCUUGACUUCAGUGAUCCCGACGCGUCUCCUGAUUUUACCGUCCUUUCGUUCUACAAAAUAUUUGGCUUCCCCGAUCUAGGAGCUCUGAUAGUUCGCAGGAAAUCGGCACAUAUCCUGACUUGGCGUAAGUACUUCGGCGGCGGUACAGUAUCGUCUCUAACCGUAAUACAUGAGGCAUCUUACCACAGGAAAGAUGCCACGAUUCAUGAUGGAUUAGAAGAUGGUACAUUACCAUUUCAUUCGAUUAUUGCACUGGGGUGUGCCAUCGAUGUGCACCAUAAUCUAUAUGGCUCAAUGGCCAACAUCUCCAAGCAUACGAUGUUCCUCACUCAUCGCCUCUACGAAGGCCUAUCAAACAUUCGCCACUCUAAUGGUCGGCCUGUUUGCGAAAUAUACCAUGACGCAACUAAUACCCACCCUUACACAGAUGCCGCCAUCCAGGGCGCUACUGUAGCAUUCAAUAUCCUACGGUCGGACGGUAGUUACGUGUCGUAUUCGACAGUAGAACGAUUAGCCAACCAGAAAGACAUAUACGUAAGAGCUGGUGGGCUUUGCAACCCUGGAGGCAUCGCAAGUUAUCUCAAGGUAGCACCUUGGCAUUUCAAGCGAGCUUGGUCAGCCGGUCAUCGCUGUAGUGAAUCUGACAAUACGGAGAUAAUCAAUGGAAAGCCUACGGGCGUGGUACGAGCCAGUCUGGGAGCUAUGUCGAUCCUUUCCGAUGUCGAUAUAUUCCUUGCAUUUAUGCUGGAAACAUUUGUUGAAGACAUAGGGCAGACUGUUAUCAUUACGGCGCAGCCGCGGAAGACAUUGCCAAUACUCAGAAGUCAGGAGGGUGUUGGUCCGGUUGUCGUGAAAGUACCCGGAAAUUGGCCUAUCAGAGAGCUUUUUCCCGUCAACACGGAAUUGGAACAAAACUCGAGAGAACAGCCGCUAAGACGAUAUGAGAUGUACAGUUAUGAGAUUGAUCGAGGGAGACCACGGACAAGCCAUUCAACAACUUACCAUUCCCCAGUUCAUCAUCUUUCAACCGGAUCGAAUGAUAGUGCGAUAGUGAUGUCGGCAACAGAAGUGAAAUAUUGGGAUGAUAUUAAUAAAGGAGGGGCCCACGAAACUUGGCCCGGAAAAUGGGAAAGAAGGCAUUCGAAUGAAAAUGAAAAGGCGAAAUCAAAAUCGGAGUCAUGGCCGACGGAAGAAAAGGGAAAAAAUCCGGAAAAGACGUUAUCGAAAGCCAAGAGUUUUUGGGGCUUGAAUAAAGUCGUCAAGGGCAGGACCAAGGGGUGAUCAUCCUGUUCUUAGUUGUAUUGCAUUUCAGGGUUGGUUCCGACUGCUUGGAACGAUCAUUUUAAAAAGUUUGGUGGGGUCAAGGGUGUGGUGAUUGAGGAGGCGCUGAGGAAGAUGAUUGUUGGUGAGAUGAUGCGUAGAUACAUCAUCAUGUAUAUGGUCGUGCAAUGGUGAUUUGUUAUACGUUAGGUUGCUGUUGUGUGUUGUUUGCCGUGCGCGAAGACUGCAUAUGCACGAUACUGCUUCUUGGAUUUAGUAUAUACAUAUUUAGUUUUCACAAACAGGCGCUCCUAGAUUUCGAUAUCUAAUAUCAUCGUCUGAUCUUUGGUGAGCUUAUGUGCGUUUGUGUAACUGGAUCUUGUCGUACGCGUGCAGCCUAUUUAGGAGGAAGGUGAGCCAACCAUUGUUAUUGCAUGCGUAUUAGUAUGCAUGUCAAGAAGUAUCUAUAUAAAUAACAUAAUAUAUCG